UUCCCCUCCUAAAACAGUGCACUGGUACCUCUCACUCUGCCCGUCACGUUGUGUACGGCGGCCUGACCCCCCAUGAACCUGCGACUUCCUCUUUCUCAGAUUUCAUGGCGAUCGGGAGAGAGGGAAGACCACCGACGCACGCAAACUGUCCAGACACCUCAACACGACUGAAAGACAUUUCUUGGGUGAGAUCUGAACAGAUGUUGUGAGUUGCAGACGGAACAGACACUGAGUGGAUUCUCCUGCUGGUGUUGCUCAGUGGGUAGUAGUGGUUUCUCGUGCUGGUGUCCUGUUGAAGAGCCUCCUUAGUGCUCUGUGCUGUUGUCUUGCUGUGUCCUGGGUUAGGACUGCCAGCCUAUGGCUCUAAUGGACAAGCACAAAGUCAAGCGGCAGAGACUUGACCGCAUCUGUGAGGGCAUCCGCCCCCCCAUCCUGAACGGGCCCAUGCACCCCCGGCCCCUGGUGGCCCUGCUGGACGGGCGUGACUGCACCAUAGAGAUGCCCAUCCUGAAAGACGUGGCCACUGUGGCCUUCUGUGAUGCCCAGUCCACCCAGGAGAUCCAUGAGAAGGUGUUGAACGAGGCGGUGGGGGCUCUGCUCUACCACACCAUCACUCUCUCUAGAGACGACCUGGACAAGUUCAAAGGCCUCCGAGUCAUCGUCAGGAUCGGCAGCGGCUAUGACAACGUCGACAUCAAAGCCGCAGCUGAGCUGGGCAUCGCGGUGUGUAACGUGCCGGCGUCGUCGGUGGAGGAGACGGCCGACACAUCCUUGUGUCUGAUCCUAAACCUGUACCGUCGGGUCACCUGGAUGCACCAGGCCCUGAGGGAGGGCACCAGGGCCUCCAGCGUGGAGCAGAUCAGGGAGGUAGCCGGCGACGCUGCCCGCAUCCGGGGGGAGACGCUGGGCAUCAUCGGCCUGGGUCGUGUGGGCCAGGCGGUGGCUCUGCGGGCCAAGGCAUUUGGUUUCGGGGUGAUCUUCUACGACCCAUACCUGCCUGAUGGUGUGGAGCGCUCCCUUGGCCUGCAGAGGAUGGCUACCCUCCAGGACCUGCUCAUCCACUCUGACUGUGUCUCUCUACACUGCAGCCUCAACGAACACAACCACCACCUCAUCAAUGACUUCACCAUCAAACAGAUGCGUCAGGGAGCGUUCCUGGUGAACUCUGCGCGGGGGGGUCUGGUGGAUGAGAAGGCUCUGGCUCAGGCCCUGAAGGAAGGACGUAUACGAGGAGCCGCGCUGGACGUCCACGAGACAGAGCCCUUCAGUUUCUCACAGGGCCCUCUGAAAGAUGCUCCCAACCUCAUCUGUACCCCCCACACCUCCUGGUACAGUGAGCAGGCCUCCAUCGAGGCCAGAGAGGAGGCAGCCAGGGAGGUGCGCCGUGCCAUCACUGGUCGUAUUCCAGACAGUCUGAAGAACUGUGUGAAUAAGGAGUAUCUGAUGGCAGCGUCACAGUGGCCCAGUAUGGAGGUUGCGACAGUCCACCCCGAACUCAACAUAGCCUCAGCAUACAGGUUUCCUGCAGGUCUGAUAAGCGUGGCAGCAGGGGGUUUGACAGGGGCAGGUGCAGGGGUAGAGGCUCUGGCCCUGGCUCACGCCAUCGCCCCUGUGUCCCAUCCCCCCCACGCCCCAUCGCCAGGGCAACCCAGCAAGGCUGAGGCAGACAGAGACAUCUCCUCUGACCAAUAGCACCCCAACAUUCCUCCAUCACCCCUGGAAACCAACAACCCACCCCCUCCCACCAUUUUCAUCAUUACCACCAACCCUCCUCACCGACCUCAGGCAGAUUUACACUGGGGUCCCGGUUUGAUCCGGUUUUAGCUGGAUCCUUCAAAACACAGUACCAGUCCAGGAGUGAUCCGCCCGUCCACAACAUGCCCCCUCUCCCCCUCCGGAACCCCUUCCUCGGACCUCCCUCAACCCCUCCCCCUUACCUCCAUAUCCCUCCACGCCAACACACCUUCAGCAAUAACUCUCUUCUCAAGGAUUCAUUAAUUGGAUUGGUAUAUUUCUUGAGUUGUAUUUUUAUUUUUUAUUUUUUUGGUGAAAGCAAUUUUUUUUGGCUGUUGAUCUGUUAUGAUUGUAGGUGUUUUUGUUUUGAGUAGCAUCUCUGCAGUGAGGCUGGACCGUGAGGCUAGCUGUUUUCUCCCUGGUUGUUUUGAUCAGUGAGAGAGGAGUGAAGGUUUGGCCCAUCUCGCUCUCUCUGACAUUUCUCUCUCUCUCAUCUUUCUCUGACAUCUCUCUCUCUGACCUCUGUUUCUCUCUGUCUCUCUGUCUCUCUCUCUCUCUCUCCUCUGUCUCUCUCUCUCUCUCUCUCUCUC